AUGUCAUCUCAGACAGUCUUCCGACUGACCCCCCAGAACGGCUUCGAAGCGCUCCAAGCAUUCCAGGAGCCAAUCCCUACAGUCGGGAAGCAAGAAGUCCUUGUCAAGAUCCGCAGCGUCGCCCUGAACUACCGCGACAUCGUCAUCGCGACCGCGAAAUACCCGGUGCCGGUGAAGGACAAUGUGAUUCCCUGCUCCGACAUGGCCGGCGAAGUCGCGCAGGUAAGCGACGGGGUGACCGUGCUCUCGGUGGGCGACCGCGUCCUCGCGCCCGUCGACCCCGACUUCUUGUACGGGCCGUCGAAGGGCGCCGGGGGCGCCUUCGGCGGCGGCCGAGACGGCGUGCUUACGGCCUUCACGCAGUGGGCCGCUCUGGUUGGGACAGGAUCGACGGUGUGGAAUGCCUUCUACGGCAACAAGCCCCUCAAGCCGGGUGAUACGGUGCUAAUCCUCGGGACCGGCGGCGUCUCCCUGACGGCCCUGAUAUUCGCCAAAGCGGCUGGCGCAACCACCAUCUUCACGUCGUCGAGCGACCAGAAGCUUGCGCAUGUGAAGGCGAGAUACGGCGCCGACCACACGAUCAACUACGCGACGCACGCCGACUGGGCCGCCGAGGUGCAGCGCAUCACGGGUGGCCGGGGCGCGGACCACAUCAUCGAGAACGGGGGCGCGGGGACGAUGCGGCAGAGCCUGCAGGCUGUGGCCUACGGCGGCGUCGUAUCCGCGAUCGGCUUCCUGAGCACCGUGACGCAGGACCAGAUGCCGGAUGUGACGAUGAUGACGAUGCUCAAGGGCUGCGUCACGCGCGGGAUCUUGAGCGGGUCGAAGCAGCAGCUCGAGGAGGCGGUCAGGUUCGCACAGGGUCGCGGGCUGGAAGUGCCCGUGGAUAAGACGUUUGGCUAUAACAGGGACGAGAUCAUCGCGGCGCUGCAGUAUGUCGCGGACGGCCGGCACAUUGGCAAGGUUUGUAUCGACCUGGACUAG